AUGAAUUACGAUAAAGUAGCUGUAUAUCUUCCGCCGCGUAAAGUGGAAUUACCGGUUGAAGAUAAACCAGCCUCAUUAUUUGCUGCAAAAGCUGCUAAGCCCAAUGUUUUUCAAGUAGCAUCAACAUCGUCUCUGUCAACAAGUCGACCAGCAGCUGAUGAGGGCGAUGACAUUUAUAAAACGAAUCCCGCAUUCGUUAGUAUCAUUGAACCGAUUGCUAAUAAAUUUAUGCCAUUAAAAGAAUUAAUCGGAAAAUUAAGAUUACUUGGUCUCAAUGUUUUUCCUGAAUCUGAUUCAGAUUCAUAUGUGAGCGUGAUUAAUAAAAAUCAUAAAUUAGAAUGGUGGGUUUACAAUCAAAUGGCGAUGGCAUCAACCUGUACUGCAUUUUCCUACAGCCAUUGGAAUGCCUUUGUUAAUGAUGAAAUGAAAAUUGUUAUUGGCUGUAAAGAACAAUUAAUUGAUCAAUCAACUCAUGACGAUGAUCUACGAUGUAUUAUUUUUACAAGUGAACUUGUUGGAUUUACUGAUGUUUGUGAGAGUUCACAAGAAUUUACAGAGGCAUCAACAUUUACUGAUUAUCAUUCGGAAUUUUUUCAUUUGGCGCGUGAUAAAUUUUCACCGGAAGCCGUCGCUCGCAUUAUGGAUGCUAGUCCGUUAUUUAUUGAAACAGUUAAUCAACUUCUAUCGAGUAUUAAACCAUUAACAUAUGCUUAA